CCCACUUCCUCGCUGCCCCCCCCCCCCUCUCUCUCUGUGGACCUACUACCCUCAAUCCUCUUGUUGACUUCGUGCCGUAUCCUUCACUCCCAUGGAGCACGCCAUUGAGCUUCCCUGCGAUGGUGACGGCAUUUGCAUGGUAUGUAAAAAGAAGCCCUCCUCUCCGGGCGACACCCUCACCUGCAAAACAUGCGCCACGCCCUGGCACGUUGCUUGCAUCUCCUCUUCCCGCCCCCAAACCCUCGUCGAUGCCCUCCAUUGGGACUGCCCGGACUGUUUGUUGAUCUCCCCCAAAACAUGCGCCGGUGCCGGACCGUCGAGGAGUUCCGGAGACCUGAUCGCGGAGAUUCGGGCGAUCGAGUCGAACGGGUCUCUUACAGAUCGGGAGAAGGCGAGGAGACGGCAGGAGCUGAUGUAUAAGGGCGCGCGAUCUUCAGAUGGAAACGACGAUGACGACGCGAAUCUCAAGAAGAAGGGAAUGAUCACCGGAGAUGACGAAGUUCUUGGUAUUCUCGAUAACAGUUUGAACUGCUCGUUUUGCAUGCAGUUACCGGAAAGACCUGUGACGACUCCUUGCGGUCACAACUUUUGCUUAAAGUGCUUCCAGAAAUGGAUCGGGCAGGGCAAGCGCACUUGUGCGAAUUGCCGCAAUAAAAUCCCAGCCGGUAUGGCAAGCCAGCCUCGGAUAAACUCUACACUUGUCAUUGCCAUUCGAAUGGCAAGAAUGUCAAAAUCAAAUGCUGUAGGGGGUCCCCCAAAGGUUUAUCACUUCAUACGCAACCAAGACCGCCCAGAUAAAGCAUACACCAGUGAACGAGCAAAGAAAGGUGGAAAGGCCAAUGCUAGUAGUGGAAAGAUAUUUGUCACAGUCCCUCCCGAUUAUUUAGGGCCAAUCCUAGCAGAAAAUGACCCUGAGAGAAACCGGGGUGUGUUGGUUGGGGAGACCUGGGAAGAUAGGCUGGAAUGUAGGCAGUGGGGUGUGCAUCUUCCUCUUGUUGCAGGAAUUGCUGGGCAGUCAAAGUAUGGUGCCCAGUCAGUGGCCCUAUCUGGAGGCUACGAAGACGAUGAGGACCAUGGUGAAUGGUUCCUCUACACAGGGAGCGGCGGAAGAGACCUUAGUGGCAAUAAACGCACAAACAAGGAACACUCUUUUGAUCAAAAGUUUGAAAAAUUCAAUGAGGCAUUACGAGUAAGUUGCCGGAAGGGUUAUCCUGUUCGGGUGGUGAGGUCUAACAAGGAGAAGCGCUCUUCUUAUGCCCCAGAGACAGGGUUGCGUUAUGAUGGGAUUUACAGAAUUGAGAAAUGCUGGCGGAAAAAUGGGACUCAGGGGUAUAAGGUUUGCAGAUAUCUUUUUGUUAGAUGUGACAAUGAUCCUGCCCCCUGGACAAGUGAUGAUCAUGGAGACCGGCCAAGACCACUGCCUAUCAUUAAUGAGUUAAAGGAUGCAACUGACAUAACCGAAAGGAAGGCAACUCCAUCCUGGGACUAUGAUGAGGAAAGAGGUUGCUGGAGGUGGAAGAGACCUCCACCAUGUAGCAGAAAACCGGUCGAUAAUGGAGAAUUGGAAGAAGGGAAGAUCACAAGGAAAGUUACACAGCGAACACAAAAUAUGCCUGUGAAAGCUAGACUUCUAAAAGAGUUUAGCUGCCACAUCUGUCGGAAGUUGAUGGCUUUCCCACUUACUACCCCUUGUGCUCACAACUUUUGCAAAGCUUGUCUUGAGGGUGCUUUCUCUGGUAAAAGUUUCAUGAGACAGAGGACAUGUGAAGGCAGACGAAUGUUAAGAGCACAGAAGAACAUCAUGAAAUGCCCUUCUUGUUCAACUGACAUAGCUGACUUUCUUCAGAAUCCGCAGGUUAACAGAGAACUGAUGGAGGUGAUAGAAUCACUACAACGCACAAUUGAAGAGGCAGAAGGUAUUGAGUCAAGUGAAGAAACUGAUGGCACCCACCAGACGCGGGAUGGAGUUACCGACAGUGUAGAAAUUUGUGAUGCGAAAAAUGCAAUUCUGAAGGAAGCAAAGGACAACAGUUUGAAAACUCAGAUUGCAAGUGAAGUUCGGCAAACAGACCAGUUAAAAAAAGCAAGUGUUAACAAAUGUAAAUUAAACCCUGGUGGAAAGAAGGGGAGAACAUUCUCUAAGCAGCAUCAGGCUGCUGAAGGCCAAAAUGGUGUUGAUGAUAAUAUUAAAGCCGAAAAGGCCUCCAGUAACAUAUUACUAGAUCCUGCAGUAGAAUGCAAAGUCACAGAGACUUGCAAAAGGAAACAGUCGGGUAAUGGAGGCAGCUUGUCAACAUUGGAUGUUGGAGCGAAGACUGUAAGCAAAAGGGCUAAAAAUGCAAGUGGUCGAAUGAAUUGAUUGACCAUCAGUUCUGCUGCAUCAUAAAAGAAAGCUGGAACUGUGGUAUCAGUACCUCUCUCUCUCUCUCUCUCUCUCUCUCUCGGGGAAAAUGCGCACUCAAACUAGUUAUUGAGCUGCUACCCUCCUUGUACAUUAUCUUUAGUUUGAGAACAAUGAGGGGAUAGUGGAUGUUCCUUUUUCUGGGAUCCAUGUAACUUGAUCAUUGAACAUGUUGGCGUCUUUAAUUUGAUUUGUUUCUAAUGAUGAUCGGGCAUUUUCCAUGGA